GUAAAAAUCGUGUGGAAUGGUCCUUGGCGGCCACCGUUUGAUGUCGUGGCGUUGCUACGCUGUCAGCUGUGCGCCCAGAGUCCACUCUUUGCUCUCUUUAGCCGCACAUCAACUGUACAUCAGCCGCACUUAAGCGCAAAUAACCCCGCUCCCGUGGAUCAGCGCCGUGUACCGAGGAGAGCCGCUGCGUGAGACCGGACAUGAGGCGCGCCAAUCUCGGGGACAGCGGCUCAGGGCACUAUGUGGCCAGUGGCUACAGCGUGUAUGAAGAGGAGAACGAGCAGCUUCAGGAGGGACUGAGAGCCAAAGUCAGUGCCCUCAAAAGUCUGACCAUCGACAUAGGCACUGAAGUCAAGUACCAAAACAAGAUGCUGGAGGACAUGGACUCAGACUUUGACUCAACGGGGGGGCUCCUGGGGUCCACCAUUGGCCGGGUCAAGCAGCUGUCGAGGGGGAGCCAGAGCAAACUGCUGUGCUACAUGCUGCUCUUCUGCCUCUUCGUCUUUUUUGUGCUCUACUGGUUUAUCCGGCUCAGAUGACCAGCCCCGCGGAC